ACUUUCUGACGUCAUUUCACUACCAGGUAUCGUGUGCAAACCCGGGGGCUCCUUGCUCCGUACAACAACAGAUGCUAUUUUUAUUGACGAUCUCCGAUCAGUAGGGUGCACGGUCCAGUCAGUCUGACCAGAGGUUUAUCAAAGACAGUGUCCAGCAUGGCUCAGCCGGAGAUGAUGACCAUUCGCCUUGUGCGACCCGACACGGGUGUGUCCUGGGGGUUUCGGCUCCAGGGUGGGAACGACUUUAGCACGCCGCUGUCCUUACAGUCGGUGACACCCGGCAGCGUAGCGGAGAGAAGCGGUCUGCGAGCAGGCGAUGGUGUCCUGUACAUCAACGAUGUCAACACGGAUACACUCACUCAUGACGAUGCGAAAUGUCAUAUCAUCCGGUCGGGAAAUGACAUUUACGUGACAGUUCAAAGAGGGGCCGUGUCUGUAUGGGCUCCAAAGGUGACGCCAAUGUCCCAACUGCGGCCCCAGGAAUUGAGAACCAUCAAGACAGCGACAGGGGAUGAGGUGCAAGCUGUUCAAAAGACAUCCCUGGCGCGGUCACAUCAGCCUGACCCCCUACACAUUGGAAGCAGCUACAACCGGACACCUCGCUCCUUUGGGCAGGGUCCCCAGUCGCCCAAGAAACCAAUCCCCAAUGUGGUCCACUCUCAGUUCAACAGUCCAAUCGGUCUGUACUCUGCUGAUAACCUGGCCAAUACCUACAAGAUGCAGACUGCCGGCAUACAGAAGGAGAUGGAGAACCUUGAUGUGGAUGAUGAACCUGUUGGCACCCGUAUGUCUGGAACCUACCAUAGACUGGACUCACAAGGUGAAGAGGGUAGCAUAAAGGAUGGGCAUGAUUUGGAGGAUGUGACCUCAUCUGACCUCCCGCCUGUGACCCCACCUGACCUUUCACCCGAGCCUGACCUCCUGCCUGACAACCAAUCUGACCUACCUUCUGACCAACCUACUAAUACUGAUAAGAACGAAAGCAACCCGAGUGGUUUCAAGUCAGUCCGAGCUCCAGAAAGACAACCGGCCGCUCAGCAACAACAGCAGCAGCAGAAUAUGCACUGUGGGGAGUGUGGGAACAUGGUGAUGGGUGUCUUUGUGAAGGUCCAAGGAGUUCCUUAUCAUCCAGGGUGUUUUAAGUGUGCCAAAUGUGGAGUCAAUCUCAAACAGAGAGGCUACUUCGUGAUCGAAGACAGGCUCUACUGUGAAACCCAUGCCAAACAGGUUGCCCAGCCACCAGACCCAAACAUGAAGGCAGUCCCUGUAUAUAGGUAACCAUCACACCUCCAGACAAGUUUGAGUGACAUCCUGCUGAGGGCUUCAGCAGAUUUGGAAUUAUUGUUCCCUUGCCCACCCUUUUGAAGCUGGACCUGUAACACGGGUUGGCUGUAUGGUGGUAGACUAGACAGUGUGACUACUGUAGAAGGAUCGGAAAUCCGCCCAGUAUCCUGGCAAUAUUAUCUCCCAACUUCCCCUUGCUGACCCUUGCGUGUACCACUUCCCCUCCCUGUGUGUGCCACCUAACUUGGGAAAUGAGCCAGGGACAAAUUAGAACCAAAAUCCAAAAUUAAUAACACUGAGAACAUCUUUCACUGUGGUAAACUCCUUGCUAGCCAGGCUGACCCCGAUUUUGGUACCUGACCAGUGAAGACCGUGGAGCACAUGAUUAUGUAAAUGAGCCGUGAUAAGGUGCCAGACGAUACUGUCUGGUGUUCCUAGUCAUUGUCUAGUAUUCUAUGUUGUGCUUGUGUAGAUGGAUUAUUUUUUGUUGUUGAUGUUAUACAUAUUGUUUUAUUUUGAAGAAAUUUGAUACCUUGGUGUUGUAUAAAUGUACAAUUUGUCUAUAAUAUUAUAAAAAGUAUUUUUGAAAUGAGAAAAUGAUAGAUUAUAUUUCUACAAUGAUUAGAACUAUGUAUAGUGCAUGUAGUUGUGAACUGGUGUAGGCCAGCUUGUCUCCAUACAUUGUUUUGGCCACAGGACUAUGCAAUAUUAAAAGUAGCAUUACCAUGUCAUGUGAUAACAUAGCUCAACAGGCCAAUUGUAACGUUUGUCAAUGGUUGUAACAGGGCUCUACAGUCCAAGAGUAACUAAAUGGAUAUUAUUGGCCAAGGGUAACUAAAUGGAUAUUACUGGGCUCGACAGGCCAAGGGUUAACUAAAUGGAUAUUACUGGGCUCGACAGGCCAAGGGUAACUAAAUGGAUAUUACUAGGCUCGACAGGCCAAGGGUAACUAAAUGGAUAUUACUGGGCUCGACAGGCCAAGGGUAACUAAAUGGAUAUUACUGGGCUCGACAGGCCAAGGGUAACUAAAUGGAUAUUACUGGGCUCGACAGGCCAAGGGUAACUAAAUGGAUAUUACUGGGCUCGACAGGCCAAGGGUAACUAAAUGGAUAUUACUGGGCUCGACAGGCCAAGGGUAACUAAAUGGAUAUUACUGGGCUCGACAGGCCAAGGGUAACUAAAUGGAUAUUACUGGGCUCGACAGGCCAAGGGUAACUAAAUGGAUAUUACUGGGCUCGACAGGCCAAGGGUAACUAAAUGGAUAUUACUGGGCUCGACAGGCCAAGGGUAACUAAAUGGAUAUUACUGGGCUCGACAGGCCAAGGGUAACUAAAUGGAUAUUACUGGGCUCGACAGGCCAAGGGUAACUAAAUGGAUAUUACUGGGCUCGACAGGCCAAGGGUAACUAAAUGGAUAUUACUGGGCUCGACAGGCCAAGGGUAACUAAAUGGAUAUUACUGGGCUCGACAGGCCAAGGGUAACUAAAUGGAUAUUACUGGGCUCGACAGGCCAAGGGUAACUAAAUGGAUAUUACUGGGCUCGACAGGCCAAGGGUAACUAAAUGGAUAUUACUGGGCUCGACAGGCCAAGGGUAACUAAAUGGAUAUUACAUAGUAGGGCUCUACUUGUAAAGGGUAACUAAAUGGAUAUUACAAAGUUGGGCUCUACUGGUAAAGGGUAACUAAAUGAAUAUUUCUAAGUAGGGCUUGAAGAAGGGCUCCGCUGGCCAAGGGUAACGUAAUAGAUAUAACAGGGCCCUACUGGCCAAGGGUAACAUAAUGGAUGUAACAGGGCUCUACUGGCCAAGGGUAACAUAAUAGAUAUUACAGGGCCCUACUGGCCAAGGGUAACAUAAUAGAUAUUACAAGGCCAUACUGGCCAAGGGUAAACUAAUGGAUAUAACAGGGCCCUACUGACCAAGGGUAACAUAAUAGAUAUAACAGGGCCCUCCUGGCCAAGGGUAACAUAAUGGAUGUAACAGGGCCCUACUGGCCAAGGGUAACAUAAUAGAUAUUACAAGGCCCUACUGGCCAAGGG